AUGGAAUAAAAUGCAGCUUGUCAAGCUUAUCCUGCCUUUGAUGAAAAACAAAAUUAAUAAUUAGGAUAGUAAUAUCAAUAUCCAAAAGAAUAAACUAACAUUCCUGUUGGUCACCCAAAUUAAUAAUACAUACCAGUUUAGUAGCAAUAGCCAUUCAUGAGUAAUAUGUAUAUUUGAUAAAGAUCCUCAAUAAGUAGUCUUGUAACCUAUAAUAAUUCAACAAGUUAGAAGAAGUAAUGCUGAAGGAUGUUCUUAUCCAACAGAUAUAUUGUGUCCAUAUUGUCAAAAACCUGUAUAGACUCUGAUUGAAUUUAAUUCAGGAUGUAAUACAUGGUUAGCUUGCUUAUUGCUGUUUUUAUUUUUCUUGCCUUUAUUCUUUUUACCAUUUUGCUUAGAGGAAUGUUAAGAUAAAAUUCACAAAUGUCCAAAUUGUGGCAAAAAAGUUGGAAAAAAAAAAUAUAAGAUGUGCUGUUGA